AUGGCUGUGAUUUCAGCAAAAACUGCGAUACUAUUCAGAUCAUGUUUUCUUUGGUCAUUUGGUUAUAUGCUUGUUGCAAACCCUAAGAAAGUCACAGGCCAUCCACUUGUUGUUCUUAUUGGUCAAGCAAUGCGAUUACCUGAGCUGGAAAUUCAAAAAGGAGAUCCGUUAGUUGGUCUUUUAGCUAUAUGUCUUAUAACAGGAGGAUUGUCCGAUAUUCCAUUAUUAGCUGUUGAAGGGUCCAGUUAUUUGACAGUGAACUCUGUGGUUGUUCCGAUCCGACUCUUAAUAUUUUUUGCCGUCACAGGAUGGUGCUAUCUCGAUUACAAUCCAUAUUUAUCAAAUGGAUUAGUUUUUGCAUAUGGAUUUGUUGAAAUCGUCAUAAACUUUUGUAUCUAUGUUGUCGUAAGAGAAGAAAAAAAUGAGCUUGUUGGUCAAGAAGUCAGGAAAAGACAUGGAGAAUGA